AUGGGAUUUCCGCUACUUCCCGAAAACACUCGAGAACUGUGGAAGGAGUGGGAGCUGCGAUUGCUUGUCCUCGUCAGCUUGUUCCUACAAUUGACCCUUGUGACUCAGGGCUUUCGGAGGAAAUCCAGCUACAAGUACUGGAUCCAAGUCGUGGUCUGGACAACAUACCUAUUGGCCGAUUUCAUCCCAACCCUCGCACUCGGCGUCCUCUCCAACCGCCUGGCCACCAUCAAGGAAACGAAGGGGACGAUUGAUCCGGAAAGCCAGAUCACUGCUUUCUGGGCGCCGUUCCUUCUCCUCCACUUGGGUGGGCCUGACACGAUCACUGCGUAUGCCCUGGAGGACAAUGAGCUGUGGUUGAGGCAGUUGGCACGGCUUUGCGUACAAGUAGGAUUAGCUUGUUACAUCUACUUCAUGGCCUUGUCAAGGUCUACGCUGUCGAUAUUAGCGGCUGGCAUGAUCUUGGUGGGGUUCAUCAAAUAUGUAGAGAGGACACUGUGUUUAUACUUAGCAAGUGAAGGUCAACUUCGAGAUUCGAUGCUUUCGCAUCCCGAUUUUGGUCCCAUAUACCCCAGGAUCGUGGAGCAGCACGCUCUAAAGAAAGAGGAGGGUUACCAAGUCGACAUCGACGAGGUCACUGAGGUUCCGGCUCCAGAGGAUCUCUCAGCGAACAGCGGUCAAGCCAUCGACCAAGAGAAAGCCGCGACUCUGGUCAAAGCCUAUGAGUUGUUCAAGAUCUCCAAGCUUCUCUUCGUGGGCCUUAUCCUCAACACUAGCGACCGGGCGGCCAGCAAGCACAUGUUCGUGAACCGCCAGAACAUGAACUCAAAGACGGCUUUUGGGAUCGUGGAAGUCGAGCUCGGGUUCAUGUACGAUCUUCUCUACACCAAGGCACCGUUGCUGAACUGUGCUUGGGGCAUCAUUCGUUGGGUCAUUAAUCUCUCGGUGCUGUGUGCCGUGUUGGUAUUCUUCUCCAUGCAGGAUAGGAAGGAUUACCUCAAAGUCGAUAUCUAUAUCACCUUCUUGCUGGUAAGUGCGGCCAUACUUUUAGAGAUUUACUCGGUUCUUCUCACAAUUUCUUCCGAUUGGGUUGACCACCGGCGUCUUCAGAGACCUGGCGGAUCCACAGUAUCAUCCGCCAUGGCUUCUCUCCAGAUCUGCCCGAACCCAAGAUGGUCACAUUCCGUGGCCCAGCUCAGCCUCUUGAAAUUAUCCAUCGGGAGAAGAAACAGGAAAUUCAGCAAGUUGCAUCCGAGAUUCGCCAAAUUAGAUGAGAAGUUGGAGAAGAACGUCUACAUCAAUUACAAAGGGUUCAAGAACCACAUCAAAGAAUGGACCUUCGAUCACAUGAGGGAUACGAUCGAUUAUCUGGACCAGGACCGCAAAUUGAAGAGCGGGUUGAAGAGACUUAAGCUGGAGGCCAGUGAAGUACUGAAGAGGUCAAACAACGGUCAUCUGAACUGGAGUGUGAACGAUAUGGAGUUCGACCAGAGCAUCCUGAUCUGGCACAUCGCCACCGAGCUCUGCCACUACAAGGACCUCGAGAAGAGUGAGGGAGAAAUCUCGGAACACAUCAAGGACUACAAGAUGAGUAAGUUAGUCUCUCGGUACAUGCUCUAUCUUUUAGUACUCCAUCCUUCCAUGUUGCCAACAGGGAUAGGCAUGCUCCGAUAUGAAGAUACUUCAGUCGACGCUCAGAAGUUCUUCGAGGACAAGCUAGAGACGUUGUCAAAGAGAGAAACCAGCAUCAACUCAUCGGCUGUCAAGACGUGGGCGCAGAAUUUAUUCAAGAAAGAGAAACAUGGCCACACCGGUGUUAAAAGCUGCAGCGAGGCGCACAAGUCAACAGAGUCUCGCGAUCUAUGCGAAGUCUGCCAUCUUCUGCUGCAUGUGGGAACUCAACUGCCUGCCACAAAAAUACGCGGUGGCAAAAGCAGGUCGGUGCUGUUUGACGCUUGCCAUCUCGCAUCCCAGUUGAAUAAAAUCGAGUCGGAAGACCUCGGUAGGAAAUGGAAGUUGAUCGGCAAGGUCUGGGCGAAGUUUCUGAUAUACGCGGCUUGCCUAAGCAGAGGCUACCAACACUCCGAGAACCUGAGCAGAGGAGGAGAGCUCAUCACCCAUGUUUGGCUCCUAAUGGCGCAUCUCGGCGUAGUGGAGCCGGUGCAAACUUCUGAAAAACAAUGCAUUACCAAGCUGGUCUUGGACUAG